AACAGAUACUAGCUAAGCAAUUGCAGUAGCAUCCGUGAUACAGUAGCUUUAUACAUAUUGAAAGCAAUAAUGGAGGAUUUGGAGUUUCCGAUUUGCAUAUUGAAAAUGAAUCUCCAGUGUUGUGAAGACUUUCCUUCUCGGAUAAAGAAGCUUUUGCGCAAAGUAAAAGGAGUUUACGCCAUAACCAUAGACCCUGUGAAGGGUCUAAUUUUGGUCUCUGGCACAGCAGAACCUUCAGUGCUUAUCAAAGCCGUCGCAAAAAUCGGGCAAAGCCCCCAACUUUACGCCUACGAGAAGGAUCCAGCUACGGCUAAGACCCGAUUCCGCACCUUGCUUAAACGUUACGCCACCAACAAGGGCCAAGAUGAACCAUCCUCCCCUGCACCUGUCACGGAAACCAACCCCGUGGAAACUUGUCCAGCGGGAGGUGGAACAUUUAGAGGUUUCGGGUAUCCUGGACCACCGACGAUGAUGCAGAUGCCGGCCUUUACGUUGCCCCCAAGGAUGGGACCGCCUGGAUGGUUAGCACCGGCGGCAAAACCGAGGUUGAUGGUGAAGUACGAGGAGCCGAAGGUGACGACCAGGAAACCGCCAGCGCCUUAUCCCUUUGAUUUCUACGAAAACUUGGGUUUUCCACCAUCCGACUCUCUUUUCAACUAUUUCAGCGAUGAGAACGCUCAACCUUGCACUAUCAUGUGACUGGGUUUUUCUUAGUUACGUUUGACAAUGCCUUUU